AUGAUACUAGAGUACAACAAAGAAUAUAUUCCGCAAAGCCAAAGUGAUGUUGAAUGCCGGGACGAAAAUCGACGAGCUGCAAACCAGCGCGGACGUAAAAAUAUGUCGCGCCAAGAUCAAGAUGACGACGCCGAGAAGAACGCGCCUGAACCACUCCCUCGCCCAGAUGAUCUGCCUCCGCCGCCGAAACGGUACACGUCGACAUUCUGGCCAAACGUCCCGACGAAACAAAACCGGGUCUCGUCAAAGUAUGAUCCUGAGAAAACCGGUCUCGUCAAAGCGCGAGCCCGAGAAACCAAUACCGGUCUCAUCAAAGCACGAGCCCGAGAAAACCGGUCUCGCCAAAGCGCCAGCCCGAGCGAAACAAAAACGAAAGUAAACGGACUGAUCAUCCAUGAGGAGUAA